UCGGCACCCCUUCGAGAUACAGAUAUAGAUGUGUUUUCUUUUAUCUUGUUCCUUAACUGGUCCACAACAUUUCAUUUUCUUCUAACUGUUCCAUAUUAUGUUUUCUCUCUGUUCCGGUUUCCUUCUCUUUCCCAUUUCUUCCUCACGUGUAGAUCCUGCGUCUUGUUAAGGGUUAUGGCGAGAACCGCAUAUUACUACUGCCCCCCAGAGCCCCUGGAGAAAGUCUUCCCCAGGAACUGCUCGAGUACUACCAGGAGCACUGCUCCCAGCUGAAAGACGAUGGACUGAAACAAGGCCUGGAUGAAGAUGAAGCUGUGAUGGUUGACACAUACGAGGAAAGAGACAGCAAAGUGGAAGAAAUGCAUUCUUUAAGUUUGAAACCAGCUGAAUUACUGGUUUCGGAGAUGACCGUAGUGGGAAAUUCCCAGGCACUGGGGCAGCUCGAGAUGACCCCCGUCUCCAGAGCAAUAGCUCGCCACAUGCGUGUGGAUCUGUCGCCUGAGGGUCUGGCUGCACGCAACCGCAGAGGCAUUGCUAUUAUUGUGUAUGGAGCGCCACUGACAGAUAAUGGCAGCUGUGUGGCAGCUCUGGCCCGUCACUACGGAGGGGCAAGCCUGAGUGUUGAUGCCGUGGUUACCGAGGUGCUCGUCAAUGGAACUUCACCUAUCAGCCAGACUGCGAGACAACCCUACGACUGUGCUGCCGCCGCUAAUGCUGGGAAGAAGCCUCAGGAGGCUGCUCAGUCCACAGAAUAUGAACCAGAAACACAUCCAGAAGCAUCAGAACCAGCUCCACAUUCAGCUCCAGCUUCACGUGGUACUUUGGAAGUUCCUUCAAAACCCAUUGAGGACGGCUUCAGCGGAAAUGGCUCCAAGGCUCCUCGGGGGACCGAGAACACACACUUUACCCGUUGCCUGGUAUAUUUUCUUCUCCUCUGCUCAUCUGCUGCUGCUUUAAGCGACUGUCACCGCGGCAUCGUGAUUGACGGCCUGGAGUCUGUGUAUGCUCAAUCGGCAGCAAGCGUGCUCCAAAUUAUUCUCAAGGCCCUUGAUAACCGCAAACGCAUCUUUGUAGUCAACCUGAGUGACUCGUACGACGCCCUGAAGGCACGAGAGGAAGCACAGAGAGAAGCCAAGGAGGCUCUGGAGAAAGAGAAAGCUGAAAUGGAGGAGCCGUGGUUGCAGGAGCUGGAUGAUGAGGAGUACGACGCUCUGCCCGAGGAGAAAAAGGAGCAUAUUGAUCAGCGACUAACAGAGAAGGAGCUCGGGCAGGAAGAAAAGAGGCUUCAGGAGGAGAUGCUGAAGGAAGAAGAAUUGAAGAACAACAAAAAGGGAGGAAAAAUGACUCUUAAAGAAGUGUCGAAGGAGAAGAGCACACUGGAGAGGAAGCAGACAACAGCUGCAGUCAAUGUUGUGCCGACGUCUGGCUCUAACAACUCCAAAAAAAUACGAGUGGUUGAAAGAGAGCAGCUUCCAUUAAACAAAGGUGCCAGCAGAUCGCAUCGGAGCAAAGAAGCCAAGCGAUUACAAGCAGAAUCUUCUGUGCCUGCAGACAAGCUGGAGGGAGAGAUGCCAAUCCAGUCCAUUGUGGAUGAGCUGCAGUGUCAGUUCGCUGUGUAUGAGCAGACCCAGCAACAGGUGGAUCACAUCUUGCAGCACUGGGACCGAGCCCGGGGCUUGUUGCUGGUCCCGUUGCCUGGUGACGAGGCUGCUCCAGUGCCUGAGGAUGCCCCAACAGAGAAACAGCAUCCGCAGGGAGCAGAACACUUAUUCUUGACGGCUGUUGGCAAGAAGAACAAGAAACACGGCUCGUUGCCGUUGCCUAGUCAGAUGUCAGUGCCAGGUUUUGAAGGUCGCAUCAAGGCCAGCUUGACAAAAAACAAGGAUAAAAAGACCAGAGAGAGUCAGAAGAGUAAGAGACAAAGUUCAGACAAGACAAAGGCAAAGGGCUCUGACCGGUCUUCCUCCCCUCGGUUACCCCUCUCCUCCACACCUGACUGCGCUGAACAGGACCAACACAAAGACAACAUAAAGCUGAAACGUAGCCAGAGGCAAGGAAAAACCCACACAGACACCACAAUGGUGUUUUAUUCUGUUCUAUGUUGUUGUUGUUUGUACUAAGUUUGUGUGUGUGUUUUUGUGCAGUCUGACAACAUUUCGCUGGGUUGUACCAGCUAAUGGUGAACUUUGGAACCAUUAAAGUCUUUGAAGAGGCCAAACUGUCUCUCAGGAUGAAGAACCUAGGGAAAUAUGAAAUAGCCUAUAAGUUCACAUUGCAGCGAACCGACCCAAGCCAGCCAAACCUGGAGGCCAUUUUCACAGUGUCUCCCCAGAGUGGGACUCUAAUGCCCCACGAGAAGCCCACAGCGGUGCAAAUACUAUGCAGACCCAACAGAGAAAUCCUCAUUAGAGAGCAACCUGUCCUGCGCUGCCAGGUGAUUGACCCCAGCAUUGGGAAUGGUGGAGAACUCAUAGCCACUAUAGCAAUUGAGGUUUCAGUCAAGUCUGUCUUCUCCAGGUACAAGAUCAUACCUGCAUGUGACCUCAACUUUGGCCCACUGGUCUAUGGCUUCAAGAAAAGCCAGAGCUUCACCAUCCAGAACAAUGGAGACUUUGAGACACGUUUCAUCAUCAGCCGCAUGACCCCUAACCCUGCGCCACCGGGGAAGGCAGGGUAUAGCAUUAGACAUGUCAACCAUCUUUGAGGAACACCAUUUGUGCCACGACAGCAGUCAGCUCUCCUCUGAGCAGUUUUGCAAUGCUGAACGCAUUUACAUCCGGGACGAGAACACGUUCAUUUUCAACAAAGUCCUGGUGGGGCAAACAGCCCAGGCCCGCUUCAAAAUAACCAACAACAGCAAGGUGCCCUGUGUGCUCAGCUUGGCAAUUAAGUACAUUGGCUCUAAGGUAAGGCAUGUAAAGGGUACAUGGAUGAAUGCGUACAGGACCAUUUCCUAUCGUGCUACACGCAGCUGAUACUACGAUUUCUUACAGACUUCUCGAAUUGCGGAUGUUUUUAAUUUGUCUGCUGCAAUGCUGAGCAUCCCCAGGCAGUCACACUUAUUCGCUGUGGUCACCUUCACACCCCAGACAAUGUUGUGCUACAACGCUGUGUUUGAGGCCACAAUGGAGGUAACCAGCAGAAUGACACCCACAUUCAAGAGUAAGGUGCUGGAGUUCAACCUCAGGGGCGAGGGCAGUCUGCCCAGUGUAUGUGUGGUGCGUCCCGCUCUGAGGAACAGCAGAGGACGCCAAAUGCUCCAGUUCAGACGUGUGUUGGUAGGGCGUCGCAAAACACGGCCUCUGGUGCUGCUAAAUGACGGCAAUGUUCCUGCUCAGCGGCACCUGGCAACACAAGCAGCUCCAUCCACUCCACGCAGAUCGAGGCCUCCAAUGACUCAGGUACAAACUGGAGCUGUAAGACUUCACUUAAACAAUCAAUAGCUUGUAAUUUUCCCCGUGGAAUUUGUUAUGGAGCCCCCACGUCUGGACAACUCACGACACAGAUAAAGGGGUAAAUCAAUAAAUUGUGUUUUUUUAAGAUCAAUAGAUCAGGAAAUAGAUCAGGAAAAUGGAGAUGGAGGUAAGAGGAGACAGGGCGGCAGAAAGCUCAUCAUGUGAUAAGACUGGAAAGAGCCAUGUGUGAAGCAGGUUCAAUAAUCAACCAGAGUAGCAGUUGUUUAUUGAUUCUGAACAGGCAAAUGCUGUAAGCGUUGGGAUUUAUUAAUAUGUUAGCUGGUUUCUUUCUCAGGAAUUUUACUCAAGUCUAUUUCUGUCUGACAGGUUAUUACGAGGUGCUGAAUUUUGGCGACUGCCAUGUAAAUUGUUCCUAUCAAGAGAAUUUCACAAUGACAAACCACAGCAGCAGCCAGGUAGUGAGGUUUGAGUGGCCUCCUGUUGGAUCCCAUGUCUCCUUUUCACCACAGGUUGGGCACCUUCAUGCCGGUUGUUCCAAGGAAGUGACUGUGACCUUUGCCUCCAAUCAGCCAGUGACUCUUACCAGCCAGCCGAUCAGAUGCAAACUUAGUCAGGUGAAUUUCCAGCAGCCACUCGAGCAGGUGGCCGACUGGGACGACCAGAGGAGGACAUUGCAGUGGCAGAGUUCUCCCAAACAGGCCUCAGGAGCACCACAGCAGCACAAGAAGAAGGUGAUGAAGACGGAUCCUGAACCCUGCUGCUCUCCACCAGUAAGUCUACCACCCUGCAUAGGCUUUUUCAUGAAAGGAAUCAGGGCAACGAGGUAGACCUCAUGUUUUGUUUCUCUGUGUGUGUGUGUGUGUGUGUGUG